AGAGAGGCUCAAAUGCCGAUAGUUGUUGCCCGCAUAGCUGUGACCAAACUCCAAACAAACACAGAGUGUGUGAUGAGAGGAGGCAGCAAAUACAGAAUCUAAUUCUCAAGUGUCUUUUACAAAUAGUAGGAAAGCAAGUAAUUAUUAAAAUUAUCAGUCAUCAUGUACAGGUUCAUCAAGUCAUCUUCGAAAUUCAAAUUAUUAUGUCGUUCAAAAACCCUCUAUAGAUCAGCACAGCCUCCAUAUUCACCCAAUUCAAUUUUGGGUAAAGAAGAUUCAAGCUUUAUCCAUAAGUCAAAGUUAGAAUUUUGGAAUCAAAGUUCGGUUAGGAGUUACAGUAGUAGUAGUGAAUCGAAUAGUAGAGAAGCAAUUAACUACGAUGUGGUGAUAGUUGGAGGUGGACCUGCUGGGUUAUCAGCUGCUAUUAAGCUCAAACAGUUGUGCCAACAAAAGGACGCUGACUUAUCCGUGUGUGUUGUUGAGAAAGGAGCUGAACUGGGUGCUCAUAUCUUGUCAGGAAACGUAUUUGAGCCCCGGGCUUUGGAUGAACUCUUUCCCCACUGGAAACAAGAAGAGGCUCCCAUUCAUGUUCCUGUUACUUCUGAUGAUUUUUGGCUACUUUCCAAAAAUCGUGCCUUUUCGCUUCCAAGCCCAUUUCAUAAUAAAGGAAACUAUGUCAUAAGUUUGAGUCAGUUAGUACGUUGGUUGGGGCAGAAAGCUGAAGAACUAGGAGUUGAAAUAUACCCUGGUUUUGCUGCUAGUGAGAUUUUAUUCAACGAACACAACGAAGUUACUGGUAUUGCUACUAAUGAUAUGGGAGUGGCUAAAGAUGGUUCCAGAAAAGAGAACUACCAGCGUGGUGUUGCACUGAAGGGGCGUGUUACACUCCUUGCAGAAGGAUGUAGAGGAUCUUUAUCAGAGAAAGUAAUCAAGAAGUACAACUUGAGAGAGAAAGGGAUGGGACAACAUCAGACCUAUGCUUUAGGAAUUAAAGAGGUGUGGGAGAUUGAUGUAGACAAACAUCAGCCUGGUUCUGUGCUUCACACACUUGGUUGGCCUUUGGACCAGAAGACCUAUGGAGGUUCCUUCUUGUACCAUAUGAAAGACAGACAAGUUGCUGUCGGCUUUGUGGUUGCUCUAAAUUAUCACAACCCUUUCUUGAAUCCUUACGAGGAAUAUCAGAGGUUUAAACGUCAUCCUGCUAUUAGACCGCUUCUCGAGGGUGGAACUGUUCUCCAAUAUGGUGCUCGCUGUUUAAAUGAAGGAGGUUAUCAGUCUAUUCCAUAUCCAGUUUUCCCUGGUGGAGCAAUUAUAGGAUGCUCAGCUGGCUUCUUAAAUGUACCAAAGAUUAAGGGAACUCACACAGCUAUGAAAUCAGGAAUGCUAGCGGCAGAAUCUGUAUUCAGCACACUCCAAGAAGGCUUGAAGAUGGAAAAUUUUUGGGACAAUUUACGAAGUUCAUGGAUAUGGGAAGAACUAUAUACUGCAAGGAACUAUCGUCCUGCAUUUGAGUAUGGGCUCUAUCCUGGUUUGGCUAUAAGUGCCGUAGAGCAUUACAUACUCAAGGGAAGAUCUCCAGUCACUCUGAAGCAUGGGAAACCUGAUCAUGAAGCUACAAGUGAAGCACAAUUAUUCUCACCAAUUGAGUACCCGAAGCCAGAUGGUGUUGUAACUUUUGAUGUACCGACCUCUCUAUACAGGAGCAACACAAAUCAUGAUCAUGACCAACCAUCUCAUCUUCUUCUGAAAGAUCCUACAGUUCCAGAAAAUGUCAACUUGCCCAAGUAUGCUGGACCUGAGGCACGAUAUUGUCCUGCACGAGUUUAUGAGUACAUACCGGAUGAGACGGGUGACUUAAAGUUACAGAUCAAUGCUCAAAACUGCUUGCACUGCAAGGCCUGCAGUAUUAAAGAUCCGAGACAGAAUAUCGAAUGGACAGUCCCAGAAGGUGGAGGCGGCCCUGGUUACACAAUCAUGUUGUCUGUUUCACCGUUCUUGAGCUGAGGGUCUAUCGGAAACAACCUCUCUUUUCAUAAGGUAGAGGUAAGGUCUGCGUACAUAUUACCCUCCCCAGACCCCACGUGUGGGACGCACUGGGUUGUUGUUGUUGUUGUUGUUGCUUCAGGUUGUCUAUACCUUCCUGGAUUUUCCUUCUUAUAUCUUAUAUGGAGGUAUCAAUAUGUAUAACUCAAUUUAUGUGUUAAUUAAUCAUAUGCUUUAUGUGUCCUUGGAUCUUUUUGAACUUCAAGAUGAUAUGUGUUUGUCA